UUGCAGAUUUUUACUAUCACAAACACAUGAGUGAUAACAUAUAUUAGUAUGCCGGCAGUCUGAAACAUGUUUUUUAAUGAGCUUUGAAUUCACACAGCCACUCCUGGAAGUAGUGCACUAGUUUCAACACAGGUAUAGAAUCACGUAGCUAGGUGAUUGCAUGAAGUUUAUGAGAAAGACUCCCAAGAUAAAAUCCGUUCUAAGUCGGAUUUUCCUCAUGUCUAAGUAACUAAGGACAAUACAGACUAGACUGGCUCUAGUCUGCGAAGUUCAUUAGUGCCAGAGAAGGAUCUGAUGUCUAUUUCUACCAGAGUAAUCUUCAAGCCUGGGAAAGUGUUUGAAAAUAACAAAGUCUUCGGUUAAGGGUAUUGGCACAGAGAAUUAGAACACAACCAUUUCAACAAGGUCAUGAAGUUGAUCCAGUAUGGCGGAUGGGUUAGUGCGAGGUAGCACCUGUGAUAGGAAAGGAGCAGGGGUCGCUCUCCAGGCAUUGCCUCCCGCUCCGCCUGUGCUUCAGCGCUCCCUCUGGCCCAGGCUGCCUUCAGGGUUCCUAACCGGGCUUUCUAAUGCCGAAAGCCGGUGUUCCGAGAUCUACCUCUCCGGGAACCCCAGCUCCGGCACACUUUUCUCUUAGGGGGUUCCUGAAGUCCCAAGGUUGGGACUCAUAAUUUUCCAUGUAUUGACGCUCACCUUGCCCCAGUCUGUUCUAAAUCUCAGACUUUUAUUUGCCCGUCGGUUUGUCCAUCCGGCUUUGGAGCUGAAGUUGGAGGAGGGCAGCUAACAUCCGGUUGCACGGAGGCACGGAUACUGGGCUCAGGAGAGCUGAAGCGCCGCUGGCCCACCCGGACCUGGCGAUCCUUUCGGGUCCCCUGCGGUGGUCGUGCAGUCACGUGGCCCGAGGACGCGUGGCGGAGUGGGGUGAGCCUCUGAAGGGGCGCGCGGGCUGCGCAGCGGAAGGUUCGAUCCUUGGGACGGAUGCGCAGAGUGCCAGCGUCAGGCCAGGACACCGGGAACCCGCGGUGGGGAGGGUAUGGAGCCGAGCUGCCCAGGAGUGGAAACUGCAGUUGCAGCAAAGCCACUGUUUUGCAAUGCACAGUGUUGAAAGCCUGAGCUCGCUGCUGCACUCCGCUCUGAGGGAGGAGGCUGAGUGUCCAGCAGCUCCCUGGGACCGACAUUUGGCUAAUGAGCAAAGUGCCGAGGUCAUCGAGCGAGGCAGAGGACAUCUGGGAAACAGAGGAUGACAUGACCGAAGGUGACCUAGGCUAUGGCCUCGGAAGAAAACCCGGUGGUAUUUAUGAAGUUCCGUGUUCGAUUACAUCUAAGAAAAGGUCAGAUGGAAAGAACUCAAGCCCUCCUCCGUUUCCAAGAAAGGGAGAAGAAAGAAGCGAAACCAGUUUCCAGUAUUCCAGGAGGAAGGGCUUUCAAGAUACAAGCGCUGAGGGAUACCGAGCAUCCAGACUGAGCAGCACAGAUUCUAACUCAGAAUUGUCGGAUGAGCAGUUAAGGCGACGUCUUCAUGAAGCCUUAGAGGACGUAGAGAUUUUAAAAACGGAACUUGAAGCGUCUCAAAGACAACUUGAAGGUAAAGAGGAAGCAUUGAAAAUCCUCCAAAGCAUGGCAAUGCUUGGCAAAGCCACAAGCCACACACAGACAAUGCUUCAAAAAACUAUAGAACAAAAGAGAUCUCUGGAGAAGGAAAUAAAUGCCUUGCAGUGGGAAAUGGAAUUUGAUCAGGAUAGAUUUAAAAAUAUAGAAGAAUCUUGGAUCCAGAAAUGUGACAGGCUAAACUGUGACAAUGCAGUCCUCAGAGAGAAUCUGAAGUUGAGAACAGAGGAAAUAAAGAUGCUAAAGUCUAAGAAUGCUGUUUUGAAUCAGCGGUACUUGGAGGCCCUCGCCAUGCUUGAUAUCAAGGAGCAGAAGAUGGGUCAGGAGGAGAGUGGCUUUACAGAUGUAUCAGGUCUCGAGCUUGCAGUCCUUGGAGCCUGCCUGUGUCAUGGUCCUGGAGGGAGCCCCUGUUCUUGUGCCAAAAUGGCAGCAUCCACUCGGAAACUGGUUCUUCAGCUCAGACAUGAGUUGGAAACUCUGCAGAAGAGUAAGGAAGAGGCGCACAUAACGGCAGAUGCAUUCAGGAUUGCUUUUGAGCAACAGUUAAUGAGGAAAAAUGAGCAGGCACUGAGACUGGCUGGAGGGGACCUGUGUAAAAGAGCGGCAACGUGGAUCAACAGACAACACCAGGCAGACGAUGGAUAUCCGGCACAAAGGAGAAAGAAGACCUUAGGGCAAAGAUUACUGGGGAUACUCCCUUCGGAAAACAGCUCCAAGGGCGCUGAAGACCAAGACAAUAUGCAAGAGGUCUUUAAGAUGCUGGUAGAUUUGUUGAAUGACAAAGAAGAAGCCCUUGCACAUCAGAGAAAGGUUAGUUACAUGCUCGCUCGGGCGCUGGAAGACAAAGACACGGCCUCAGAAAGGAAUAAAGAAAAAAUCCCCAUGAGCCAGACCUUCCCAUUCAAAACGGCCUGGCACGACGCUUCAGAGCUCUGUGGUCUGCGUGAUCCAGUACAGUCAAACCAUGUUUCUGAACCCAUGGCUUGCAUCUGUUCAAUACAGCAUCCUCCAAAAGUUUCAGACUGCCCAAGAACUCUUAAAAGAUCCUGUUCUUUGCCAUCAACUUUAUUUUACAAGUAAACCACUUGAAGUUAGAAUUAAGAGAUUCUUAAAAGUCAGAUGUUGGAGCUGGAAACGGAGCUCAGAGGUAGACAUUUGGUUAGCGUGCCUGAGGCCUGGGGUCAGUCCAUGGUGGCGCACGCCUUUAACCCUGGCACUCAGGAAAGCAGAGGCAGGCGAUCUCUGACUUUGAGGCCAGUCUGGUCUACAGAGUGAGUUCCAGCACAAAUGCUUCAUAAGGCAAUCCUGUCGUGGGAGAAUACAAAACGGGCCUUGGGUCUGAUGUUCAGCACUGCAAAGACUGUCUGGAAGCUCAGGCCUGGAAAUCCCAGCACGUGGGAGGCUGAGGCAGGACAACUACUGUAAGUUUGAGGGAUAACUAGAUUACAUUAAGACUGUUGCUAAAGCCGGGCGUGGUAGCACACACACACACACUCAGGAGGCAGAGGCAGGCGGAUUUCUAAGUUCGAGACCAGCCUGGUCUACAAAGUGAGUUCCAGGACAGCCAGGGCUACACAGAGAAACCCUGUCUCGAAAAAAUAAAAUAAAAUUAAAAAAAAAAAAAAAGACUGUUGCCAAAACAGAAGAACAACUAUAUAAAUGUCAAUAUGAAGACGCUGUAGGCUUUCAAGGUGUUUUAAAAAUUUAUUAGCAUAGUAAUUUACAAAGUUGUAAGUUUCAUUAUGAUAUCUUAAUACACAUAUUAAUACAUGUGUUUUGAUGACAUUCCUCCCUUUUAAUUUUAGGAUGCAGCUUAAGCAAGCGAACCCUUAUCACAUGUCCUCCAAGAAAUGUCUUAAUAUUUGUGUUGACAUUUUUUAUAAACUAAUUUCCAUAUUUUA